AUGGGAACGGAAAUUCUAAAGUCCUUCGGCAACCUGCAGAGCGAGCUAGACGAAGCGAGGAGCAGUUUGAAAGGCGUAGACGAAAGUAUAAAGAGGUUAAUCGGAAGGGACCCUUCCGAGUUGCCACCGAGGAACGCGCAAAAGAGGUCCCUGGAGGAGAAAAACCGGAACUCCAAGGUGCCUGCGCGCCUACGCAACUCCACUUUCGAAAACGACGAGCCUCCGGUGAAAAGGCGCAGCAAUAUAUCCGUGUUCAAGAGGUUAUCGGAGAAGAUCCCCGACGACGAUCAUUCCAUAUCGCAUAAAGGCUUAAUUAGUAAAGUUAUCGUGACACCCAAGGAGGUGCCCAGCCGGGAGCAAGCCCUCGAAGCGCAAAACAAAGAUGAGAAAUUCAAGGCUCGUAAUAAGAGGAUGUUCGGCGCUUUGCUGGGCACCCUGCAGAAGUUCCAACAGGAAGAAACCAAGCUAAAGCAAAGGGAGCAAAAACGCGCGGAAUUGGAGAAGAAAAUCGAAGAACAUGAAAUCAAGGAGAAGGAGGAAGUAAGAAAGGAGCGGCAAGAGUUGUUCUUCAAUCGUAAGAAGAAACAGGCCGAAAUUAAAGUUAUCGAGUUGAAAAUGCUGAGAAUGAAGGAAUAUGCCUCCUGGGAGCAGACCCAAACGUCCAGGCUCAAUUACAUUUUAACCAAAGCUAAACCCCACGUUCACUAUUUGCCUCGCAAAAUGACCGAGCAGACUACGAAACUUCUCGAAGAAAGCAAAUCCAGUAUACAAGAAAUGCUGGAUAUAAAGAAGAAACAAAUCGCCGAAGAAUUGCAGCAUAUCGACGAGAAAAUGAAGAAAAACUUCGACUACAAGUUCGGGCACAAAGAGGAGAAGGAGGAAGUUCGACAGACGGACACCCGCAGGAGGCACGAUACAGACAAAGAUAACGAAAACGACGAUCAAUACGACGAAAUUCAAAAUGAUGAGGUCGAAAAUAAGGAUGGGAUGGAGGUGGAAACUCUAAAUGAGGACCAAAAAAAAGAUAGCAAUUUAAACGGGAGUGCUGAUAAUGGCGAAUCGUACCCCAAUGGCGAUUCUAACGUGAACCAAACAAAUCCCACGGAGGAUUCUUCAAAUAAUAAUCCUGCGGAUCGUUCUAGUCCUGUUAAUACUGAAAGUAACGUUAAUGAUGCAGUUAAUGAGUCGCAUUCAGAGCAGAAUUCGCAAGAAUCGCCGGUUUACAACAGUAUAAGUGUACAAAUGGGGAACUUUGGGCCACAGACUAGUGACUGA